GUUUGUUAGACCAUGUCGGCUUCUGAUCAUCCCUAUUACUUUACAGGGAACGGAACGUACAAAGCCAUAAACCCUUUAGUGUCGCGAGUGGGAGAUUUUACCCCAUUCUAUAUAGCCAUUGCCAUUAGUUCUGUAAUACUGGGGUUGAUUCUUAUUUUGAACGUGGUGUGCUGCUGCUCGAGGUACUCUGACUACUGGCUGGACCGACACACGGGAAACCGUUGGAUUGUAUCCAUCUGGUCCACCACUCCGCACAAACAGCCUCCACUUGACUUGACCGAGUUAGAGAGCAACUACCAGCCGGUCCACUACGUCCAACCAUACUCCACGGAAUACCACGAGGAACACGGCCGAGGCGACGUCCCUCCGUCCGUCUCCACUCAACCACUGACGUCCUCUCAAGAGUACCUAGAGUUACAUAAGCGUGAGAGUGACAUAUAA